AUGUCUGAGAAGGGCUCAGAGUACAGCUCUGAGAACGGGAGCACACUAAUUACACCGAUAGAGACGACGAAGCCGGUAUGGCCACUGGCGACGCCACGGACUAGGAAAGAGUUGUAUCACACCAUCAUCAAGUACAACUACUGCGUCUUUCCCGUUAGUCUGGGACUCACAUUCUGCCUCCUCUGGAAGCUGGCCUACGUAACAAAUCGGUACCAAAAUGCCGUAGCCGUCGACAACCAAUGGAACUGGGCGACCAUUCUCCAAACAUCACUCCUGUUCUUUGGUCUCCUAGCCCAAAUGCCACCGUACGUCUCCGUAUGGAGCCUGUGCAUGCCCAUGCGACCAGGCUCGCACGCCCAAGGGCCGGCGAAGCGUGACUUCAGGAGCUUGAGAGUGUGCCUUGUGACCAAAGGCACAAACUUUGAUACCGUCAUCAGAGCCACUAGGGCCUGGGCACCGAUGCAAAACAUCCCGGGCGUGCGUUUCCACGUCCUGCUGGAUGACGAGACCAAGGAAGUAGAGUUCCGUCAGGCCCUCCCCUCCUUCGUCCAGAUCGUCGUGGUCCCGUCAGCCUUCACCCCGAGCAAGGCCAAGUAUAAGGCUCGCGCGCUGGAGUACUACCGGAGGAACCAGCAGCUCGGAAGCGGCGACUGGGUCUUGCACCUCGACGAAGAGUCCAUGAUUGACGAGGCUGUGAUGGAGGCAUGCAUCAACUCCAUCACGAAGAGCGAUAUUGACAUGUUCAUGGGAACUUUGCAUUACAACGACGUCAACCACUGGAAGAACGGCUUCCUUUCGACAGCCGAGACGCUCCGCUCGCAAGAGGACUUUGGAAAGUUCUCCUUCUCGGUUAGGAUGCGCAACAAGCCCAUGCUCGGCUGGAUGCACGGCUCCUGGAUCCUAAUCAACGGCGCCGUCGAGAACGCCACGACAUGGGACACGGACUGCCAAGCAGAAGACUUCUGGUUUGCCUACAACUCCUCUGCAAAGGGAUACAAGUUCGGCUGGAUCUGCGACCCCGUCCACGAACAGCCCAACGAGACGUUUCAAGACUUUUGGAAGCAGCGCAGGAGAUGGUACACGGGCAUCCUCUCCAUCCCUAGCGUCAUCGUGCAAAUCUCGCUGGUGGUCAGCGUUAUUGGUGAGCUGGUGUACUGGAUUGGACCCAUCUACACACAGCUCGGCGGGUCUUUCAUCAUUCCCAAGUGGCUUUUCAUCUGGGGCCUCUGGCAUUUCACCGUCGACACCCACAGCCUACUGGUCGCAUCAUUCAUGUCAGAUCUCACGGCACCGGAGGGCGUGACGUGGCUUCAGACGGUGCAACAUGCGAUCCAGACGGUAUUACUCGCGCCGAUAGUCCGUCUCGUACAAGUCUCGGCCCUGGUGACGUGCAUCUUCAAUCCGGCCAAGGGGUUCGCGAUUGUGUCAAAGAAAUAG